AUGGAUUAUGCUAGAGGUUCACCGAGAAGAAUUAGAAGAAAUCGCCAAUCUCCUUAUACUUUGGCCAGAUCUUCUGCUUCUUCCUCUAAUGGAGUUGCUACUAAGGAUAAUGCAUCACUUCCCUUUCAGCCAUUGUUUAAUAUUCAAGCUCCUAAUACAAAUGAAAGUUUAUUAGAGAGUGCAAAUAUGGGUUUUGAGAGAUCCUAUAAUGAAACAAUUGGCAUAAGAUUUUCUCAUCGUUCUCCUCUCUUCCGUCAUCAACGCCGUCGUUAUGAUCUCCCAACAAUUCCUAUGCAUGGAGUUCCACCAAGUCCUCCUCCACAUGGUGCUGUAGUCCCUCCACAGGAUAUUGCUAUUUUAAAUGAAGAAGUGGAAAAUCCGGUUGAUCCUUAUAGAGGAAUGCGUUUGAACAUCGAAGACAUGUCUUAUGAGGAACUUCUUGCACUGGGCGAGAGUAUUGGUAGUGUUAACACUAGUCUAUCAGAGGAAACAAUCACUGCUCUACUGAAGACAAAAUCAUACAGAAUUAGUAUUAACUUGGAGGAGUUACCAUCUGACGAUCAAGAAUCUGAUACUUGCAUUAUAUGCCAGGAGUAUUUUGAAAUUCAAGAAAAUAUUGGAGUGCUUGCAUGUGAGCAUGUAUUUCAUGUUGGAUGCAUAACACAAUGGUUGUUGAUAAAAAAUAAGUGUCCAAUUUGCAAAUCUGAAGCUUUGUCUCCUACAAAUGUUGAAUAG